AUGUCGAUAUGCCCUGACAACUCGACCGAAUGUCUUCUCCGUGCCCUCCUCAAUGACAAUUCCACCCAAGCCCUGCUCCGGGAAAUUCUCGACUCCACCAACAGGUUCAAUUGGGAUCCUCUGAAUUUCGCCUUCACUGCUGCGAUUGGUGCGUUGGCCCUUCUGAUCGCCUGUGUCACAGUAUUCCAGGGCCUUCUGGCCGCUGGACCUGGUCGAAUCAAGGCGAGUAAAGUGGCCAUUGGGCCUUUCGCCGAGAGAUCCCAGUCACGGUUUGAUUUCACCGAACUUGGUCUGCGAACUCUUGCCUUUGUUCCUUCCAUCAAUGGCAUGAACCAGAUCCAUCGAAUCGAGCGAGACUUUCGUAAUCACCCUUGUUGCAGCAAAUAUGACCCGGCUGUGGGGAGAAGUGAGUCCGGGGCGUCUUGGCUCCGACUUCUGAUCGAACUGGGCGUUUCGGAUCCCAAUUUGUGGUCUCAUGUCGGUCGACAAACAGACAAUUUACCGACCGAUAUAUCUGCGGCCCCGGCGGCAGGCUCGGUCAGCUUUCUUGCUCAUUUAGCUGCCGUCGCUGAUGAUGAUUGUAUCAUUGAGCGUCGUCCUGGCAGUCGAUUCGUUACUGUGAUUGGGAAGUCUUCCCAGCUUACUUUCCGGGAUCACCCUGUUCUGGGCUCCGUUGCGAUGUAUGAGACGUAUCGAGAAAGUCCGAAGUACCGCGGAAGUCAUCCCACGAAGAAGGUUCAAUUUGAGCUCAGCGGCCCGCAUAGUAUCGGCUACACGGAGACGGCCAAUAUGAUCGAUCUCUCUCAUGGCCUGUUGAAAUGCCGCUAUCUUGGUUGUGCAGUCUCUGACGGCUCCGUGCAACUGAGCUUUGGAUUCUUCCUUCAGAAGCUGACCUCGCAUUGCAAACACGGGCAUCUGAAUAGCAAUCUCUCAUCUGUGCUUUUUGGUGGCCGGGGCUCACAUGGUGCUCGAUUUACAGUGGGAUACAUCUAUUCCAUACUGUUCUUUACUUCUGUUCCUUCGCUGGUGAGAGCUUUUCCGUCAACCCUUCUCGGCCUUCAAACUGCCAUGACACAGCUUAGCACCUUGGUCUCGACAUGGAGUACAACUUCCGAUGAAGCCAUCUCCGGUCUGGAAAAUGUGGUGAAAAGAUUUGGUGGAUCAUUUCUCCCUGCCCCAAGGGCUGCCUAUCCCUUCUACAUCAUUGGCGCACGGGCUCGACACCAUUCAAGCACUUCAUGGCUUGAAGAUCCACCCGGUGCAGGCUGGUGUACGAACAAGAUCCAGAGCGACUUUCGAAAAGGCCAGCAUGAUCUUGUUUAUGGUACAGAGAUCAUUGAUCUUUGUUGCGAUUGGUUAGCGGAGCUCAAACAAAGGGGGAAGAGCUUGAAACAGCUUCUGGUCGAGGACACCACGAAAGUCAAAGAGAAGCUUCUGACAGCGAUAUACCUUGUCGACGAUUGGAUUCGGGGCCAUAGCAGGAAUGAAUGUAUAUGUGCGGCGUUGUUUUUGAUCAUGGACGUUGAGGCUGAUCUUGGGAUUCAUCCACCACAGAGGGUCGCUGAUGACUCCCAGUCAAAUCAUACUACGACAGAGCUUGAACCGACCGAGCUAAAUGAUCUCCAGGUGAUACUGGUAUAUCGCGCUGUUAUGUUCGGGGCUUUACUCGAGCUGAGUGCAGAUACCAGCUGUCUUGUCGACAAAUCUUUCUUGGAUUCGAUUGUCAAGGUACUCUAG